AUGACACUUGAAGAGGAAUUACCAGAUUGGCAGACCUCUCAAGAGUUUUAUGAAAAGUAUGAGCCCAAAGAGAUCUUGGGGAGAGGAGUUAGCAGUGUGGUGCGGCGAUGCGUAUAUAAGCCAUCCAGAGAGGAUUUUGCUGUAAAGAUUAUAGACAUCACUGGAGAUCACUUGACGCAGCAAGAAAUUGAAGAACUUCGAGAAGCUACUAUUAAGGAAAUUGAAAUCCUGAGAAAAGUUUCAGAUCAUCCUAAUGUCAUCCAGCUGAAGGACAGCUAUGAAUCCCACACAUUCUUCUUUCUGGUAUUUGACCUAAUGAGGAGAGGUGAACUAUUUGACUACCUCACAGAACAAGUUACAUUGAGUGAGAAGGAAACAAGAAAGAUAAUGAGGGCCUUAUUGGAAGUUGUCUCAUUCAUGCAUUCCCAGAACAUUGUUCACAGAGACCUCAAACCAGAGAACAUCCUCCUGGAUGACAACAUGAACAUAAAGCUGACAGAUUUCGGCUUCUCCUGUCAAAUACCUGAAGGACAGAAAUUAAAAGAAAUUUGUGGCACACCUGGAUAUUUGGCACCAGAAAUAAUCCAAACCUCUAUGGAUGAAUACCACCCUGGAUAUGGUAAAGAGGUGGACAUGUGGAGUAGUGGAGUUAUAAUGUACACACUACUGGCUGGAUCACCACCAUUUUGGCACAGAAAACAAAUGCUAAUGCUACGAAUGAUUAUGAAUGGGGACUACCAGUUUGGUUCUCCAGAAUGGGAUGAUCGGUCAGACACGGUUAAAGAUUUGAUUGCCCGACUAUUAGUUGUGAAUCCAGAGAGACGUCUUACAGCAGAUGAGGCUCUAGCCCAUCCAUUCUUCCAACAAUAUGUAGUUGAAGAGGUUCGCCAUUUUAGUCCAUACAGGAAAUUUAAGGUGGUCUGCCUAACAGUUUUGGCCUCUGUGCGGAUUUACCAUUACUAUCGUAGAGUGAAACCUGUUACUAAAGAAAUUGUAGCAAGGGACCCAUAUGCAAUUAAGCCCAUACGGAAGAUGAUCGAUGCUUGCGCAUUCAGGAUCUAUGGACACUGGGUGAAGAAAGGAGAGCAGCAGAACCGAGCUGCACUCUUUGAAAAUACAGCAAAAGCCAUUCUAUUAUCACUGGCAGCAGAGUCCAGUUAA